GAAGUGGAACUGCGCGCGCCGGGGAGGGCGAGCGGAGCAGGCGGUUAGCGAGCUACCCCGGGAGAAGCUCGAGGUUCGGCUGUGUGAGGAAGCUUGAUCCUCGCGGGCCACCAUCCCGGAAGUGCACUUCGAGGAAGAAAGUGCUGUAGUGGGUGUUCUCGGGACUCGAGGUGCAGACAGACUCUUAGAACUCUGGGAGUUAUGUGUUGACUAGGAAGGAGUCAGAGGUUUUGGUCCCCACGCCUGAAGGUUCUACCUUCUCUGAUGAGCCCGUCUGUGGCGCAUGGUUGCAACAUGGGGCUUCUUGUAAGAGUUCCUCUGAAAAAGUCAGACUGCGUUGUUGCUCGGUGGCGACUGAGUUCAGAGAUGUGUUGAUGCUUCAGCCGCUCGCCAUGGCCCUGCGGGCGGUGUGGCUCAUACGCCACGAGCCGGGAACUCCGCUGUGUGGCUCCGUGAGAUUCUCCAGACGGUACCCAACUGUUGAAAAGCGAGCUAAAAUCUUCAAUGGAGUGAGUUAUGUACCUGUUCCUGAAGAUGGUCCUUUUCUUAAAGCACUGCUCUUUGAACUUAAAUUAUUGGACGGUGAUAAAGACUUUGUGGGAAGUCGUGACAGUUGCUCACACAUCAAUAAAACAUCCAUCUAUGGACUUCCACUAGGAGGAGAAGAACUCUGGCCAGUUGUUGCAUUUCUGAGGAAUGGCCUGAUAUAUGCAAGUGUUCCACUGGUUGAACAGACUCUGUCCCCUCGUCCACCACUAAUUAGCAUUAGUGGAAUUUCACAAGGCUUACAGCUCCUUUUUGGUAUACAAGAUUUUCUGUACUUAAGUCAAAAAAAUGACGGUGAGCUAAAUACAAAACUGAGCCAGUUACCUGACUUGCUUCUGCAGGCUUGUCCAUUUGGUACUUUAUUGAAUGCCAACAUACAGAAUUUGCUAGAUAACAGCAACUUUGCUCCUGUGACUCAACCACAAAAACAGCCAGCCUGGAAAGCUGGGACAUACAAAGGAAAACCACAAGUCUCCAUUUCUAUCGCUGAAAAGGUAAAAUCCAUGCAGUAUGACAAACAAGAUGUAGCAGAUACGUGGCAAGUUGUUGGAGCAGUCACUUGCAAGUGUGAUUUGGAGGGAAUCAUGACAAAUGUUACCAUUAGCUUGAGCCUCCCCACCAACGGAUCACCACUUCAAGAUAUUCUUGUUCAUCCUUGUGUGACUUCUCUUGAUUCUGCCAUGCUGACUUCCAGUAGCAUUGAUGCAGUGGAUGAUUCUGCGUUCAGUGGGCCUUACAAAUUUCCAUUUACUCCACCUUCAGAGUCGUUCAACUUAUGUUACUACACUUCCCAGGUCCCUGUCCCGCCAAUUUUGGGUUUUUAUCAAAUGAAAGAAGAAGAAGUACAACUGAAAAUAGCAGUUAAUUUAAAACUUCAUGAAAGUGUAAAAAAUAACUUUGAAUUCUGUGAAGCUCAUAUACCUUUUUAUAAUAGAGGUCCAAUUACACAUUUGGAAUACAAAGUUAGUUUUGGCCAGCUUGAGGUAUUUCGAGAGAAAGGAUUAUUGGUCUGGAUUAUUGGCCAAAAGUUUCCAAAAUCCAUGGAGAUUAGUCUUUCUGGAACUGUAACUUUUGGAGCCAAGAGCCAUGACAAGCAGCCAUUUGACCAGAUUUGUAUUGGAGGCACAGCAUAUGUAAAGCUUCAUUUCAGGAUCUUAGAUUACACACUCACUGGGUGUUAUGCAGACCAGCAUUCAGUUCAAGUUUUUGGGUCAGGAAAACCAAAAAUAAGCACACAACAUGAUUCAGUUUGUGCAACUAUGUGAAACCUUUAUUUUGCCAUCAUCUCAACAGAAAAUACGCUCUUCAUUCACAAUGUACAUUUCGGUCCCGAAGUAGUAACGAUGCUAAUCUCAGUAAUAGCGACUAGCGUUUUUCACUUCCUAUAUGCCAGGCACAGAUGAGCGUUAUUACCUCAAUUCUGCAUCCCAGAAAAGUUCAGUUCAAAGUGGUUGCCACUUUUGCAAAGUCACAAAUCUAUUAAAACAGGGUUUAAAUUCGACCUGAGCUAUACAGAACCAGCAAAGCGACCUCUGUAAAGUGUUGCAGGGAAGCUGGGUAUUGAUGUGCAGCUUCGACACUUUGAGUAACAGCAAGACCAGACUCAGGACACCUCCGAAAAGGAGAGGGCUACGGAGGGAAGCCAACAAAGCACUUCUAAAUGUUUUUGCAACUAAAGCUUUAGCCUAUAAGAAAUAGAAUUGAGCGAGAAACAAGGAAAAAAUAG